AUGCCUUUAGAUGUACAAGGCACGUUUGUCUCACAGAAAAUUAAUAAAAUUCGAUGGAUACCUGAAGAUUAUGUCGAAACAAAACAUUUUUUUACCGGGAGUUGGGAUGAUGAUGAAAAUUCUAUUAAAGUUUGGAGCUUUGAGACAAUAAAUGAAGAUGAGGAUGUAGAAUACCCAAGACAACUAUCCGAGUAUAAAAUUGAUGGAGAUGUGACAGAAAUUAGAUUUGUGAACAAAAAUACAAUCGCUGUAUCAGUUUCAAAUGGUGAUGUCAAAAUGCUUGAAGUUAGCGCUUAUGAUCGACAAACUCCUCUGAAAGAAAUUUAUUCAUGGAAUAAAUUGCACAGUUUCGGUGCUGAAAAAUGUUCAUGCACAUCUCUUGAUUCAUUGGAAGGGGAUGUGGCUAGUAUAGGAGAAGAUGGUACUAUUAAUAUAUUAAAUGGCAGAAGAGGUGAUGUCUCGCGCUCUAUCAAAGGGGCAGACAGCUGCUCAUUACAUGCAAUAGGUUUUAUCAAACUAAAUGAGGUUAUAACAGGAAAUAUUAGAGGACACAUGAAAAUCUGGGACAUUAGAUCUUCAAACAACAAACCAGCUGCAGCAUUUUUACUUUCUGGAGAUGAUUUAGCCGCCACAUGUAUUGAGAAACAUCCAACACAACCACACAUAAUACUCGCUGGAAGUGAAUCUGGAGCACUAGCUGUAUGGGAUUUGAGAAUGAACCAAUUUCCGACUUCACUUUUAAACGCUCACUCCGCUGGUGUUACAGAAAUGCAAUUUCAUCCAGAAAAUCCAAAUAAAUUACUAACAAGUUCUGUGUCUGGGGAAGUUUGGGAUUGGAAUAUGGAGACAUUAACUAAAAAGGGGCCAGACGAUUAUGUUCCGUUAGAAGAUAAAACUGCUAUGAAUGUGAAUUCGCUUAUGCCAACAUUGCAUAAAGCCAUUAACACCCUACAUUGCGACAGAGGCAGAAUACUAUGUGGAGGAGAUAAUGAAGCUAUAUAUUUAAUUAAAAAUUUAAAAUAU